GUUGGCCCUCAUCAGUAUUAUACUCUGAAGUUCAAACUGAUCGGUGAGCUGUGCUGAUCCCACAGUGUAACCAUGGGGGACGCAGAGAUGUCUGUGUUUGGGAAUGCCGCCCAGUACCUGAGGAAGUCAGAGAAGGAGCGUAUGGAGGCCUCCACUCGGCCCUUCGACAUCAAGAAGGAAUGCUUCGUCCCGGAUCCGGUGGAAGAGUUCGUGAAGGCCACAAUCACCAGUCGAGAAGGAGACAAGGUCACUGUGGACACACAGCAUGGGAAGACUCUGACCUUCAAGGACAGUCAGAUCUUGCAACAAAAUCCUCCAAAGUUUGACAAGAUUGAAGACAUGGCGAUGCUGACCUUCCUCCAUGAACCAGCCGUGCUGUUUAACCUCAAAGAGCGUUACGCAGCAUGGAUGAUCUACACCUACUCUGGGCUGUUCUGUGUGACUGUCAACCCCUACAAGUGGCUGCCAGUCUACGACCAAGCGGUGGUUGUAGCUUAUAGAGGAAAGAAGAGGAGUGAAGCUCCUCCUCACAUCUUCUCCAUCUCUGACAACGCCUACCAGUACAUGCUGGCAGACCGUGAAAAUCAGUCAAUUCUGAUCACCGGAGAAUCUGGUGCAGGAAAGACUGUCAAUACAAAGCGUGUCAUUCAGUAUUUUGCAAGUAUUGCAGCUGGAGGCAUAAAGAAAGACCCCAACGCCAAGGACAAGGGUACCCUGGAGGAUCAAAUCAUCCAGGCCAACCCUGCGCUGGAGGCUUUUGGGAAUGCCAAGACCAUCAGGAAUGACAACUCAUCCCGUUUUGGUAAAUUCAUCCGAAUUCAUUUUGACACCAGGGGGAAAUUAGCUUCUGCUGAUAUUGAAACAUACCUUCUGGAGAAGUCUCGUGUGAUCUUCCAGCUCAAGGCUGAGAGAGAUUAUCACAUUUUCUACCAGAUCUUGUCAAAUAAGAAACCCGAACUUCUGGAGAUGCUGCUGAUCACCAAUAAUCCCUACGACUACGCCUUCAUCUCACAGGGGGAAACACAAGUGGCGUCCAUAGAUGAUGCAGAUGAACUGAUGGCAACAGAUAGCGCCUUUGAUGUUUUAGGCUUCACUCAAGAGGAAAAGAACUCUGUGUACAAGCUGACUGGUGCCAUCAUGCAUCAUGGCAACAUGAAAUUCAAGAUGAGGCCUCGAGAGGAGCAGGCCGAGGCCGAUGGCACUGAAGAUGCUGAUAAAGUGGCAUAUCUGAUGGGCCUGAACUCUGCUGACCUGAUCAAAGGUCUCUGUCACCCAAGAGUCAAAGUAGGAAACGAGUGGGUCACCAAGGGACAAAAUGUCGCCCAGGUGAACUAUGCUGUUGGAGCUCUAUCCAAAGCUGUUUAUGAGAAGAUGUUUCUGUGGAUGGUAGUAAGAAUCAACCAGUCACUGGAAACCAGGCAGCCACGACAAUACUUCAUCGGUGUGCUGGACAUUGCUGGAUUUGAGAUCUUUGAUUUCAACACCUUUGAGCAGCUCUGCAUCAACUUCACCAAUGAAAAACUGCAACAGUUUUUCAACCAUCACAUGUUUGUGCUGGAGCAAGAGGAGUACAAGAAGGAGGGGAUUGAAUGGACUUUCAUUGAUUUUGGUAUGGAUCUGCAGGCCUGCAUCGACCUGAUUGAAAAGCCCAUGGGCAUCAUGUCCAUCCUUGAAGAGGAGUGCAUGUUCCCCAAAGCAUCCGACACCACCUUCAAAGCGAAGCUCUAUGACAACCACCUGGGAAAAUCCAGCAACUUCCAGAAGCCCAGAAUCGUCAAAGGAAAACCAGAGGCUCAUUUCGCCCUGGUUCACUACGCUGGAACUGUUGAUUAUAACAUCAACAACUGGCUGGUGAAGAACAAGGACCCUCUGAAUGAGACCGUUGUUGGACUCUACCAGAAGUCGAAUCUGAAACUACUCGCAACAUUGUUUGCAAAUUAUGCUGGAGCGGAUUCAGCAAUGGGUGAAGGUGGUGAAGGUAAAAAAGAGAAGAAAAAGAAGGGAUCAUCAUUUCAGACUGUGUCUGCUCUCCAUAGGGAGAAUCUGAACAAGCUGAUGACCAACCUGAGGUCCACUCACCCUCACUUUGUGCGCUGCAUCAUCCCCAACGAGACCAAGACUCCUGGGGCCAUGGAGAACCCUCUGGUCAUGCACCAGCUGCGCUGUAACGGCGUGCUGGAAGGCAUCAGGAUCUGCAGAAAGGGAUUCCCCAACAGGAUCCUCUACGGAGAUUUCAAGCAGAGAUAUCGCAUCCUGAAUCCUGCUGCCAUCCCUGAAGGCCAGUUUAUUGACAGCAAGAAGGGAGCUGAGAAACUUCUUGGGUCUUUGGAUAUUGAUCACAAUCAAUACAGAUUUGGACAUACCAAGGUUUUCUUCAAGGCUGGACUGCUGGGUCUGCUUGAGGAAAUGAGAGAUGAGCGUCUCUCCAAAAUUAUCACUGGAAUUCAAGCCAGGUCUCGGGGUCUUCUGUCCCGUAUUGAGUAUCAGAAGAUGGUGGAGCGCAGGGAUGCUUUACUGGUAAUCCAAUGGAACAUCCGUUCCUUCAUGGGAGUCAAAAAUUGGCCCUGGAUGAAGCUGUUCUUCAAGAUCAAGCCUCUGCUGAGAUCUGCUGAGGCAGAAAAGGAGAUGGCCAACAUGAAGGAAGAAUUCCUGAAGUUGAAGGAGGCUUAUGCAAAGUCUGAAGCCCGUAGAAAGGAGCUUGAGGAGAAAAUGGUCUCGCUUCUCCAAGAGAAGAACGACUUGCAGCUUCAAGUCCAAGCAGAGCAAGAUAAUCUCUGUGAUGCAGAGGAGAGAUGUGAGGGGUUGAUCAAAAAUAAGAUUCAACUCGAAGCAAAAGCCAAAGAGCUCACAGAAAGAUUGGAGGAUGAGGAAGAAAUCAAUGCUGAACUUACAGCGAAGAAGAGAAAACUGGAGGACGAGUGCUCUGAGUUAAAGAAAGACAUCGAUGACUUGGAGCUGACUCUGGCUAAAGUGGAGAAAGAGAAACAUGCCACUGAAAACAAGGUGAAGAACCUGGUUGAGGAGAUGGCAGCUCUGGAUGAAAUCAUCGCCAAGCUGACCAAAGAAAAGAAAGCCUUGCAGGAAGCUCAUCAGCAAACACUGGACGACCUGCAGAGUGAAGAAGACAAAGUCAACACUCUGACCAAGGCCAAGACCAAGCUGGAACAGCAAGUCGAUGAUCUUGAAGGAUCUCUUGAACAAGAGAAGAAAAUUCGAAUGGAUCUUGAAAGAGCCAAGAGAAAGUUGGAGGGAGACUUAAAGUUGACCCAGGAGUCUGUGAUGGAUCUAGAAAAUGACAAACAGCAGCUGGAAGAGCGUCUGAAGAAGAAAGACUUCGAGAUCAGUCAGCUGAACAGCAAGAUUGAAGAUGAACAGGCCAUCAUCCUUCAGCUCCAGAAGAAGCUGAAAGAGCUGCAGGCCCGCGUUGAGGAGCUGGAGGAAGAGCUGGAAGCAGAGCGAGCUGCUCGAGCCAAGGUGGAGAAGCAGAGGGCAGAUCUGGCCAGAGAGCUGGAGGAGAUCAGCGAGAGGCUGGAGGAGGCCGGAGGAGCAACAUCCGCUCAGAUUGAGAUGAACAAGAAGAGGGAGGCUGAGUUUCAGAAGCUCCGCAGAGACCUUGAAGAGGCCACUCUGCAGCAUGAAGCCACGGCCGCCACCCUCAGGAAGAAACAAGCCGACAGCGUCGCUGACCUGGGAGAGCAGAUCGAUAACCUGCAGAGAGUCAAGCAGAAACUGGAGAAGGAGAAGAGCGAGCUCCGGCUGGAACUGGACGACGUGGUCUCCAGUAUGGAACAAGUAGCUAAGUCCAAGACCAUUUUGGAGAAGACCUGCAGAACUUUGGAGGAUCAAAACAAUGAAUACAGGAACAAGUGUGAUGAGUACCAAAGAUCCAUUAAUGACUUCACUACGAGCAAAGCUAAACUUCAGGCUGAGAAUGAUGAGCUUGCCCGACAGAUGGAGGAGAAAGAAUCUCUGAUAUCACAGCUGACCAGAGGGAAGAAUUCCUACAACCAACAACUUGAGGAUCUAAAAAGACAACUCGAAGAGGAAAUAAAAGCAAAGAACGCCCUGGCCCAUGCAGUGCAGUCUGCUCGCCACGACUGUGACCUCCUCAGGGAGCAGUAUGAGGAGGAGCAGGAGGCCAAAGCUGAGCUGCAGCGUGGCAUGUCCAAAGCCAACUCAGAGGUGGCUCAGUGGAGAACCAAGUAUGAGACUGAUGCCAUCCAGAGGACCGAGGAACUGGAAGAGGCCAAAAAGAAGCUGGCUCAGCGCCUGCAGGAUGCUGAGGAGGCUGUGGAAGCAGUGAAUGCUAAAUGCUCCUCUCUGGAGAAGACCAAACACAGACUGCAGAAUGAGAUUGAAGAUCUCAUGGUGGAUGUAGAGAGGUCUAAUGCUGCUGCUGCUGCUCUGGACAAGAAGCAAAGAAACUUUGACAAAGUCCUUUCUGAGUGGAAGCAAAAGUAUGAGGAAUGCCAGUGUGAGCUGGAGAGCUCUCAGAAGGAGGCGAGAUCUUUGAGUACUGAACUCUUCAAACUGAAAAACUCCUAUGAGGAAUCCCUCGAACAUCUUGAGACACUGAAAAGAGAGAACAAGAAUCUUCAGGAGGAAAUUUCUGACCUCACUGAGCAACUUGGUGAAGGAGGUAAAACCAUUCACGAGUUGGAGAAGGUCCGUAAGCAACUGGAUCAAGAAAAGGGUGAGGUUCAGUCGGCCCUUGAAGAAGCUGAGGCUUCUCUUGAGCACGAAGAGGGCAAGAUCCUCAGAGCUCAGCUUGAGUUUAACCAGAUUAAGGCUGAUAUUGAGCGGAAAUUAUCUGAAAAAGAUGAAGAGAUGGAGCAGAGCAAGAGGAAUAUGCAGAGGACAAUUGACACUCUGCAGAGCUCUUUGGAAGCUGAGACUCGCAGCAGAAAUGAGGCUCUCCGUCUGAAAAAGAAAAUGGAGGGAGACCUCAAUGAGAUGGAGAUCCAGCUGAGCCAGGCCAACAGGCAGGCGGCCGAGGCCCAGAAACAACUGAAGGCUGUCCAUGCACAUCUCAAGGAUGCCCAACUCCAGCUCGACGACUCUCUGCGAGCCAAUGAGGACUUAAGGGAAAACACUGCCAUAGUGGAAAGACGCAGCAACCUGCUUCAGACCGAAGUGGAAGAACUGAGGGCUGCUCUGGAGCAAACGGAGAGAAGUCGCAAACUUGCUGAGCAAGAGCUUCUGGAUGUCAGUGAGAGGGUGCAGCUCCUGCACUCACAGAACACCAGUCUAAUCAACCAUAAGAAGAAGCUGGAGGCGGACACAGUCCAGCUCCAGUCAGAAGUGGAGGAUGCAGUGCAGGAAUCCAGGAAUGCAGAGGAGAAGGCCAAAAAGGCCAUCACUGAUGCUGCCAUGAUGGCAGAGGAGCUGAAGAAAGAGCAGGACACCAGCGCUCACCUGGAGCGCAUGAAGAAGAACAUGGAGCAAACCAUCAAGGACCUGCAGCACCGUCUGGAUGAAGCUGAACAGAUCGCCAUGAAGGGAGGCAAGAAGCAGGUGCAGAAGCUGGAGGCCCGGGUGAGAGAGUUGGAAAAUGAAGUGGAAAUGGAGCAAAAGAAAAGCAGUGAAGCUGUGAAGGGUGUCCGGAAAUAUGAGCGCCGCAUCAAGGAGCUUACCUACCAGACUGAGGAGGAUCGCAAGAACAUGGCUCGACUCCAAGAUCUGGUAGAUAAGCUGCAGCUGAAAGUCAAAGCCUACAAGAGAUCUGCUGAGGAGGCUGAAGAACAGGCUAAUGUCCAUCUUGGCAAGUUGCGCAAGCUGCAGCACGAGCUGGACGAGGCCGAUGAGAGAGCUGACAUCGCCGAGUCUCAGGUCAACAAGCUGCGUGCCAAGACACGGGAUGUUGGCUCCAAGAAAGGCUUUGAUGAGGAGUGAAGCUCGGGAAUCCACUGAGAGCCUUUUUGUGUGCUGUGUGAUUGUAGAUCCCCUCAACUGUCACAAUUCACAACCUGUAGAGAUAAUAAAAUUUCAUCAAGCUGUUGCAA